AGCCCGGGCUGUUUAUUCGUUUACGUCACUCUUUCUCUCAUUCCCUUCUUCCUUCCUUCCUUCCUUCCUGCCGAACAGAGAGAACCAGACCAGCAGCAAUUCAAACUAGAAAGCGACAUUCAAAUCUUCCAAAGUGUUUUCUACGUAUACAUCCGAUUUUUGGAGCGUGGAGGAGAAAACACAGCGGCUGGUCAGAUGUUACUCUGAGGCCAUGCACCAGCAGAUGGACGCAGGGACACAGACAGACCCUGUGGUGGUCCUGUCACUGGCUCAAGCUGCUGUGUUGGGACUCAUCUCCCAGAAUGAGGUCUUUGGCGCCACCAUCGCCCCCAACGGCUUUUACACCGGAGACCCCAAAGAGUCCCCCGCUCCGCCAGGUGAGAGAAUGGACUACGAGUAUGCUGACCAACUUAUAGGCGCCAACGGCGACUAUCUUGGGGAGAAUUUGGGUGAGGAUGGGCACAUGCACUCCAGCUGUGCUGAGAGAAGGUGGCAGGGUCAACCCGAGAACAGCAAACCCCCUGUAGGGCACCAAGACAUGGCAACACACGUUAAAGGAGAAGCCGUGACCCCAGGUUUGCCCUCCUGCACUCACAUGAUGAACAACAUGGUGCCCAGAGAAGGCAUGCAAAUGGUCGACCCCUCCAGCUACAGGGUCCUGCCCAAAGCCCAACCCAACAACUGCUGCUCCACCUGUGUCCGAGACCCCAAGAGUAUGCAUACUCCACCCGAUCCACAUUUACACCCACAUUCCCAUGGUCACAGCCACGCACCUCAUGAGGUACCAUCACGCAACAGGGGCCACACACAUGAAAAAGGAGUAGAUGAGGUAACUGAGGACAGGGAUAACGGGAGAAAUGGCAUGGGGAAACCAGGAACCGGCGGCGAGGAAAUUAGCAAUUAUUUUCAGCCGAGCGAGGUGGGCUAUGAAGGUGGCGAGAUGGAAGGGGUCGGAGACUUCGAUGAGAACAGCGAGGGGAUGUUCUGGACAGAGCCAGUGGAAGGAGAGGCACCCCGUGGCCGCCGUAUUGACCGACUGGACAUCAACAUCCAGAUCAAUGAGUCGUACUGCGUGGACGUCGGCGAGGGCCUCAAGCGCUGGAAGUGCCGCAUGUGCGAGAAGUCGUACACCUCCAAAUACAAUCUGGUCACACAUAUCCUGGGCCACAAUGGCAUCAAGCCACACGCGUGUCCACACUGCGGAAAACUCUUCAAGCAGCCCAGCCACCUACAGACACACCUGCUGACGCACCAGGGCACGCGGCCACACAAGUGCACCGUGUGCAAGAAGGGCUUCACCCAGACCAGCCACCUGAAGCGGCACAUGCUGCAGCACACCGACGUUAAGCCCUACAGUUGCCGUUUUUGUCGCCGUGGUUUCGCAUACCCUAGUGAACUCCGUGCUCACGAAGUAAAGCACGAACGAGGUCGGUGCCAUGUUUGCUCGCAGUGCAGCAUGGAGUUUCCCACCUACGCCCACCUGAAGCGUCAUCAGGUGAGCCACCAAGGACCUUCCACCUUCCAGUGUAGCCAGUGCAACAAGUCGUUCGCCUACCGCAGCCAGCUGCAGAAUCACCUGCUGAAGCACCAAACGCAGCGCUCCUUCUCCUGCAGUCAGUGUGGCCUGCAGUUUCUUCAGCUGCAUCAGCUACGCCAACACUCCCUCACACACAAGACAAACAAGCCUCAGGCCCGUGCUACUAAGGGGACAAAGGGGUUUAAAUGUGAUGUAUGUGCCAGAGAGUUUACAUUGUCUGCAAACCUGAAGAGGCACAUGUUAAUCCACGCCAGUGUCCGGCCAUUCCAGUGUCAUGUGUGCUUCAAAUCUUUUGUCCAGAAACAAACCCUCAAAACUCACAUGAUCGUACACCUGCCUGUGAAACCCUUCAAGUGCAAGGUGUGCGGAAAAUCAUUUAACCGAAUGUACAACCUCCUGGGCCACAUGCACCUCCAUGCAGGCAGUAAACCCUUCAAAUGUGUAUACUGCUCAAGUAAAUUUAACCUGAAGGGAAAUCUUAGCAGACACAUGAAGGUCAAACAUGGAAUGGACGUCUCUCCAGAUGGACAAGAUCGCCCACCAGACAUGGAGCCCCAUGAGGACUAUGAGGAUGAGAACUUCAAUUUUACAACACCAGAGAAUAUGGAAAAUAAUGAUGCGCCAAACCUAACUAAGCUCUCUGAGGUGGCCAUCCAGGAACUUGACUAUUAUAACUUUGGAAAGAAUGUGGGAAACUACAGUACAGCAUAAAAACUGAAUUAAAGUCAAGCUGAAUAAAUGUUAAGUAACAAAUGGCCUGUGCUGGCACUUAAUCAACCAUGAGUUGGUUGAGAUGUUCCUCCUUGAGAACCACUGCUACCCUUUUUGAAGUUGUUAAUGAGCAGGUAGUUGAAGGCCAUCUUGACCUCCUGGGGUAGCCACUCCGGUUGGGUCUCUAAUAAGAAGGGACUGAUAGUUUUGCAAAGAGUCCUUUGACUCCUUCCAGCUCGAACAAACAUCAACGCCGUAUUUUAGUAUGUUGUGGAUCACAUGGUUACAUUAAUACCCAAUACAUUAGCAUCAUAAAAUGCUGGUGCAUACACAUACAGUCUUGUGUAAUGUAAUGCACACUGUCCUCCAAAUAUAACUUUGGUUGGGAAUAUGGGAAUAGCAGGUGCAUGCAGCCUUGUGGCCUUCAUCUGUGUGGUACCUCAGAGCAGUCGAUUUACUUAUUUUCAUUUACAUUGCCUUCACUUACAGUAACUCAUAGAAACAAAAAGAGACUUCUAGCGUAAAACAAAAAACAUGUAAGGCCCAUGUAAAUGGUUGGAUAUCUGCAUGAGUAGAUAGGCUUGUGUGGUUAAAAAGGAAAUAAAGAGUGAGCGUGUGCCUGGGCUCUGUGUACCAAAGCUACUGCUCUUCAUCUGGUACAGGACCAUAUGCUGCCCAUUCCUGAACACCACUACUGUUGUCAGAACUAAACGUAAUCUACAGUUUGGUUUAACAACCUCUGAGUGGAGAAUUACUGUUCCGUUAUAUUGAUUUGCUAUUUAUUUUGCACUUUGAAAAAGUCAGUUAAUUACUUAUGAUGAGCCUCUUUCAUCACUGACUGAGUUCUUGUAUAAUUAAGAGAUAAAGCGAAGUGUCACAUUAGUAGUAAGCGGUUUCUCAAGGCAACUCUGUAGAUUCUUAAAUAAACUUGUUUUUU